CGAAUGGCGGAGCGGUUUAUCUGAAUUGCCUUUUUCAAUGUCUUUUUGUUUGCAUGUUAUGGGCAAUUAAGUAAGACUCUCUAUUGAGAGUGUGUAUGAUUCCAUGGAAUAUUUUUCUGGGACACUUAAUAUUCGAAUAUUUGAAGCAGCUGAAUUAAAACCGACAGCUUGUGCUACACGACAUGCAGUUGGACCAGCUGCAAAAUUAUAUGAACUAUUAGAUCCUUACGUAACAAUCGAUGUUGAUGAUAUUGCUAUUGGUAAAAGUUCUACAAAAUCACGAACGAAUGUACCCCAGUGGAAUGAAGAUAUCUGCGCAGAAGUUAGUUAUGCACAACAGCUUACAUUUACUGUCUAUCAUGAUGCGGCUAUCCCACCGGAUGAUUUUGUCGCCAUCGUUGAAUUGGCUAUACGUAAUGUACGAUCUGGUGAAGAUAUGUGGCUUGAGCUGGAACCUCAGGGAAAGUUGCAUAUACGUAUUGACUUAGCCGGUACAAGAACAGAUGAACCGCCUAGAGAUCGUCCAGGAUUUCCUGGCAGGGAUAGUGCUAUUGGUGGGGUGCACGGAAAGCAUUAUCGAUGUGGUGCACUACGUCGAAGAAUUCAUCAAGCUAAAGGGCAUAAAUUUCAAGUGACAAGUCUACGUCAAUUCACUUUUUGUUCAUUAUGCAAUGGUUUUAUUUGGGGUUUAUGGAAUCAAGGCUAUCAGUGUCAAGUGUGCACAUGUGUUGUACACAAACGUUGUUAUUUAAAUGUAAUCACCCAGUGUCCUGGUGUUAAAUCACCGCCAAGUUGUCCAACAGCUGCUCUACAAAGUCGCUUCAAUAUUAAUGUUCCGCAUAAAUUUCGAAUACAUACAUUUAUGCUGCCAGCAUUUUGUGAUCAUUGUGGUUCACUAUUAUUUGGUUUAAUGCGACAAGGAUUACAAUGUGAAGUAUGCCGUUUAAAUAUACAUAAAAGAUGUGAAAAAAAUGUUGCAUCACAUUGUGGUGUAAAUACACGCAAUCUUGUCGCAGCUAUACGCUUGUGCGGACUGAAUCCAUCCGAUCUUGGUGUAAGUCCAUCGGGUGCAACUACACUGACAACAACGACAACAUCAACAGCGGGGGCGGCGGCUGCAACAACUAUUGGUCCAAGUCGUACUGCAAGCACUACUAUUUCAUCUUCGAUUCGUCCUAUAUCAGCUGGUUCACGUGGUAUUGGUGGACCGUUUGGUGCGUAUGGAGUUGGUGGUGGUGGUGGUGGUGGGGAUGUUGGCUAUCCAACUCCGCCUACACCUUUAAAACCGAGUAAAGGUGAUACUGGUUUUUCUAGUGCUUCACACAUUGGAAUAGCUCCACAUGAACGAUCAUUAAGUUCGCCUAUUUCGCUGCCAACUGCUGAUUUAUCUAGUCGUGGUGGUAGUGCUACUGGUGGAUUAGGCGUCGGCGGUGUUAGCUUCGAGGCAGAUGAAUCAAGUAGAUAUGCAACAUUAGAUCCGGUUACUGGAAGUGGUUUAAUGAGUACUGUAGGCCCAGUCGCUGGACGACAUGGGAUGCCAGCUCAAAGACCAUCUUCAUUACAAGAUCCUCCUGAUGUUUAUGGUUGUACAACAGCAACAACAAUAGGUCCACGUAUCCCAUGUUUGAAUGAUUUUACAUUUCUUAAAGUAUUAGGCAAAGGUAGUUUUGGUAAAGUUAUGUUAGCUGAAUAUAAAACAACUGGUGAAGUAUUCGCUGUGAAAGUGUUGAAAAAAGAGGUCAUCUUACAAGAUGAAGAUGUUGAUUGCACACUGACAGAGAGACGUAUUCUUGUCCUGGCUGUACAUCAUCCAUUUUUAACUGCAUUAUAUUGUGCAUUUCAAACUGAGGAUCGUUUAUUUUUUGUUAUGGAAUAUGUGAAUGGUGGAGAUUUAAUGUUUCAAAUACAACGUGCACGUCGUUUCGAUGAAGCUCGUGCAAGAUUCUAUGCAGCCGAGGUGAUCUUAGCUCUUAUGUUUCUACAUAAUCAUUAUAUUGUUUAUCGUGAUUUAAAACUGGAUAAUAUCCUGUUAGAUGCUGAAGGACAUUGUAAAUUAGCCGACUUUGGGAUGUGUAAAGAAGGCAUGAAACCGGGGAAGACAACAUCAACUUUCUGUGGGACACCGGAUUAUAUUGCACCAGAGAUUCUAGCUGAAUUGGAUUAUGGUUUCAGUGUUGAUUGGUGGGCGUUAGGCGUGUUAAUGUAUGAAAUGAUGGCUGGUGCUCCACCAUUUGAAGGGGAUACAGAACAAGAUUUAUUCAAUGCUAUCUCAUAUGAAGAAGUUACCUAUCCACCGAAUUUACAUCCAGAUGCUGUGGAUAUUUUAUCGAAAUUUUUAGUUAAAUCACCGGCUCGUCGACUUGGUUGUGUAGUAGCUGAUGGCGGAGAAUUGGCUAUACAACGACAUCCAUUUUUCAAAGAAAUUGAUUGGCAAAUCCUAGAAGAACGUAGAGUACGCCCACCAUUUCGGCCUAAAGUUCGUUCUAGAAUUGAUACAAGCAAUUUUGACAAGGAUUUCACUACUGAAGAACCUGUACUGACUCCAUCUGAUAAUACUUCUGAGUUGGCUGCUAUAGCACAAGAUGUAUUCGCCGAUUUCGAUUGUAUGAAUGUUGACUACAGUGUUAUGCGUUAUCAUACUACUCGACCUAGCCAACAGCAACCUUUACAAUCUGUGAUGACUGGUCUGCAUAUUUCCAAUACGCCGUAUAUCCCAUUGUCGACGUCAACAUCCUCAUCACCACAAGCUCCACCGUCAGCACCAACACCAUCGCCGGCGGCGCAACUAUCAACAACAUCAACAACAGUAACGACGACAUCAACAACAUCAUCAAUAUCUUCUAGUAGUGGUGUUGCUUCUGCAUCUGAAAGUCAUCCAGUGGAUAAUUUAAAUCUAAAGAUAAUUCCACGCUCAAUAAUUGGUGGUAGUGGGGGUGGGGGUGGUGGUGGUGAAAGUACAACAGCAACAACAACAUCACCGCCAACAUCAUCAUCAUCAACAACAUUGGGUUGUAAUCCUACUAGCAAUACUACUUCACGAUUGACCAUUCCAUCUGAUUUAUCAGUAAUGAAUCCAAUCCCUUCGUCGUCUAUGCAUAGUGCACCAACUUCACCGACUCGUAGUCAUUCCAAUAUUUCUAGUUAUGAUGAUAAAGUAAUGACUAAAUGGCUUGCUCAUUAAAUUGAAAUUUAACUCAUCAAAUGAAAUCAAUUAAUUGAUUGACUGACUGACCGAUCCACCGAUCGAUCGGUCGAUCGACCGAUUUAAUGCCAAUAUAUAUACACACAAUCACAAUCUGUCUCUUUAUCGAUCGAUCGGUCUAUCUAUCCAUAUAUAAAUAUAUGUCAUCCAACUACUGUUAUUAUGACUGUUGUAUGAAGUCAUUUUGGUUGCCAGUCCCCUUAUUUCUUUCCCUUUCUCUAGUCCUGCCCCCCCCACUCAUCUCUCCGACGCCGCUGCCGCCUUGCCCCGAACUCUCGAGUACAGAAAACACAUAUAUACAUAUUUCAGUUGCCUAUUUUUGUUCAUUCCUACUAGUAUAUAUAUACAUUGUCGUUGUCGUCGUCAAAGUGGUGGUUGAGUAUGUUGACAUCGGCGGCGGCGGUGGUGGGGGGUGGGUAAGUUGGCGGGGGAGCGUGAUGCAUUUCUCUUCAAAUGCAUUUCAACGUUGAUGUGAUUCCUUUUCACACAUCUUUUACAUCUCAACGUACUUAUUAUGAUAAUUACUACCCUAUAAGUUGAAUGCAUUUCAGUUGAUUAUUAUUUAUUAAUAUUAUUAUUAUAUUGUCACCGAUUUGAAACAGAAGUUAUUAUACUGUAGUCUGUGAUUAUGAUUAUUAAUAUUAAUAUCGUUAUUUCGUUUGAUCUCUCUAUCUGUCUAUCUAUCUAUCUUUUCUCAGACACACACACACAUACACGCAGAGGAGUGGUGAACUUUCUUUUCAUCAUUUCUAUAAUAUAUAUAUUUGCGUUAUUUGUGUCUGUCUGCGUGUGUGUUUGCAUUUCCGUGAUCAGAUGUUUGUUUGUUUGGUUUUUCAAUGUAAAAUGAUUUCUUUUCCUGCAUUUAAGCAUGUUCUUUCAUGUAUGACCGUGUAUCUUUACGUACAUAGACACACGGACGGGAGGAGCGGGGGCGAACAAUAAUUCUGCAUUUAAAGUCAAAUGUACCCCCCCGUCCCUCUCUCCAUCUUUGUGAUUUAGUAACACGUGUAUCUGAAGGAAAAACAAGGCUCUUUCACACAAUGUUGACUUUCAUUCAUUCUGUUUUCUUCUUUGUGUUGUGUGUUUUUGUUGCAUUUUUGUCCACCUCUCCGUCACCAUGGUUACUGUGUGUAUGUGUGCGUGCGUGGGAGAAGUGGUGGUGAGUGAAUGACUUAUAGUCAGUAAAGGUGCAUUUCUUUGUUGUUGUUUUUUUGGCUUUUCCUUUUUUGUUUAUUUAUUUAUUUUUAACAAAAUUUCCUUUUGCAUUUAUCUUCAGCCCACCCCACCCCGCCUCCUCCCCUCACCCUUCGUUUGUCGACACUUCGCACACACCCCGAUCCUCUUUCAACAACAGUGUGACAACUAGUCAAUAUUAAGAGCAACAAUAUAUAUAAGAAUAAAAAGGAGUUUUAUUUAGCCUCUGCCAGCUGAGAUUUACUUUAUUUACUUAUUUAUUUAUUUAGAUCUAUAUAUACAUACACGCAUUUGUGACGACAACACACUCUGAUUACUGUUAUUAUUAUUAAUAUCACUUGUUUAUUGUUGCUUUUAAUUUUUUUUAUAUAGCUAUGUCUGUGAAUGUCUUCUCCCACCCCCACUCCACCCCACCUCACCCUCACACACCUACACACUUACCUUCCUUCUUUACCAAAGAUUUCUUUUUCAAAAGUGUCAUUUUGUUACUGUCGGUGUUGUUGUCUCUUCUCUUCUCGUUUUCUUCAGCGGAACUGACUAUAUUCAGAUGUAUACACCCUGGGUUCUCGUUGCCUAUUCUAAUAAAUAAUUGUAAUUGUAAUGAAUAUAUUGUUUGACAAUCCUUCUACUACUUUAGUGAGAUAUAUCUGUACGCCGUGAUAGUGUCUGUAUAUGAUGUCAUCCUGGUUUCACCACCACCUCCUAUCUGGUCUUUAAUUAAUAUAUGUGGAGAGAGAGAGGAUUAUAUACACAAAAAGAGUUGUUUGUCGACGGGGUGUUGUACCUGACUAUCAAUUCUGUUGUCAUUUUCAUCUACCUACCUGCCUGCCACCCCCAACCCCACCCAUCCACUCGGUUGGUCUCUUCUCCUUUUUAUCCAAUUCUGUUACACCACCCCCCACCUUAUCAUCAUGACAUUGAAGAUUGAGCAUUUAUUUAUUUCACUUGAAGAUGACAUACACAUUCAUACUUUUCACAUUCUCCUUCAUGUCCUUUGUUAAUAUUAUUUAAAUGAUGAUUGCAUCCUCUGCAAGCACAUCAAUAUUAUUUUUUACAGCUUAUUAUUAUCAUCAUUAUUAGUAAUUUUUAAUGCCAUCAGUUCAUUUUGAUUGUGACUGGUGUGUGUUUGUGUGGGUGGGUGGGUGACUGCGUGUGUGCGUGGGUGUGUUGUUGGCGCACACAUUUCUACACACACACAUGAACAAUGUGAGAAUGCAUUUUUCUUAAUAGAUUAUUGUUUUGUUUUUUUAAUUAUUGGAAACAAUGACGUUUUUUCUCUCAUGUUUUCUUCCAAUCUUCUCUCUCACUUUGCUUUGGCAACAGUUGCAUUUAAUGUUGUUUGUGUGACUGUAUGGUGUUGUCGUCUUUUUUGCAUUUAUCAUUUUAGUUUUCUUUCUCCAAAUCCUGAUCUCGUAAUUAUUGAUUUUAUGAUUUAUUAUUUUUUUGUUUACCUAAUUUUGUUAAUCCUUAAUAUUCAUGAAACGGUGUUGAUUUUUUUGUCGUCUGUGUGUCUGUCCAUCCAUCUUUAUGCUUGUCUAUCUAUCUAUCUAUUUGUUUCUUCGAGUGUUGAUUGAUUGAAUUGCCUAGUUGGAUGAAUAUACAUCAUCCUGCUGUGUCUAGUUAUAGUAAUCAUCUUUCUUUCCCCUCCUAUUUCCACUCUCCCCUCACUCUCUAUAUAUACAUAUGUAUGUAUAUAUAGUGUUUAGAAAUAAGAAUCUUUAUUUAUGAAGAACUCUUCGUCAUGACAGAACAAAAAUUGACGGUGAUGUUUGUGAGUACGAUGGGUGGGGUGUGUGGUGUGAGGCGUUUUUGGUAAAACAAAUAAUAAAUAAUGAAAACGCUAUAUUUAAAUCUCGUGAUAAUUUUCUGAUGUGUAUACUCACCAAAAUGGUUGAUAUUAAUAUGAGAAACAAUAUAAAUAUUAUACAGAUAUAUAUAAAUACUAAUAUACGUAUAUAUAUAUACGUUUAUAUAUAUAUGAAUAUAUAUAUAUAUAUAUGGAUAUACAUAACUUUUGGCCGUUUUGUGAUUUCUGAAUUAAUUUUAUUUGUAUGUAUUUAUGUGUGUGUAUUUCUUUGCUUGAUGCUUGUUUGAUGCCGCCGACCGGUCUUCUGAAUGGUGUCUUCAUGUGUGUGUGCAUGUGAGCGUAUGUUUGAGUGGGGUGUUCCCUGCACCCCACUCAGCCAUCCCGAAUACUAUAAUACUUUCGUUGUUUUUCUCUCUCUCUCUACUUUGAGUGAUUUCUUUUCUGCUUUUUCUUUCUUCCAUUGAUUUUGAUUUUUUCAUUCUUUUUAUUCUAAAUAUAAUUAAUAUUAAUAAUAAUUAUAAUUGUUAUUAAUAUUACUAUUAUUAUUGUUAUUAUUAUUACUAUUACUAUCAUUAUAUGAAUGAUAAUUGUGACCAGUAAUUGAAUAUAUAUCAAAAUUAUUAUUUCGCUUGCUUAUGAAUAA